AUGGACCCACGCAAUCACACCACUUUGCAUGUUUUCAUCCUGCUUGGCUUCUCUGACCACCCUCACCUGGAAAUGAUCCUCUCCGGAGUUGUCACCUUCUUUUACAUUAUUACGCUGGUGGGUAACACUGCUAUUAUUCUUGCAUCCCUCCUGGAUCCUCAUCUCCACACACCAAUGUACUUUUUCCUCAGGAUUAUUCUUAUUUCCUAUGGCUACAUAGCCAAAACUGUGCUUAACAUGAAGUCAAGGGCAGGGCAACAAAAAGCAAUGAAUACCUGUGGAUCUCAUCUCACUGUGGUCUCCAUAUUCUAUGGAACUAUCAUCUACAUGUACCUACAACCUGGUAACAGGGCCUCUAAGGACCAGGGCAAGUUCCUCACCCUCUUUUACACCAUCAUCACUCCAAGUCUCAACCCCCUCAUUUAUACCCUAAGAAACAGAGACAUGAAAGAUGCACUGAAAAAACUCAUGAGGUUUUACCACAGAUUUGCCGAAGUAAGGAGAAACUAG